CCUGCCACUCCGUCCUCUUUUCGUCCCUCUCAUUCUUUCUGGUGGCUGGACAUCCGCGCUGAGCCCACGGACCCACUGGAAUACUCGCGCCACCCAUCAUGCGCACUCAACACACGGCACACUCCUUGCCUGCGUUCCCUGUCUACUCUAGCGCGUUCGUAUCACCGAACGAGUUUGUACUUGGCGGAGGCGGGGGUCAGUCUAAGACUGGCAUCAAGAACAAGAUACGACUAUACCAUGCCGAGGGUGAUAAGAAACUCGAGCUCCUACAUGAACUAGAGCUGGCAUCUGGGGAAGACGCGCCUAUGAGCAUAGCAGCACACCCUCAAAGAGAGGAAAUUGUGUGCGGUGUGAACAGCUCCCAGGACGCGUUACACAGCGGGCAGAACCAGAAUUGCCGUGUAUACAAUGUCAAGGACAACAAAAUAUCCCUAUCGACGACGCGAAGCACACUGGAGUUGAAGGGCGAGGAUGACGACUAUCAGAGGGUUAGUGUGUUCUCUCCAGACGGCAAGUACCUGGCCGUGGCCGGCACACGCGAUCUAUCCGUUUUGGACUACCCUACACUAGAGCCCGUCGGGUCGUCCAUCCAUCUCGACAAGGGCGAGAUAUUCGACGCGACGUUUUCGUCUAAGACACUUGUCGUGGCAUCCACGGUCAAUUUGUUCGCAUACGCUUUGCCUUCGGACGAAGAUGGUGAUGCGGGGGCGAAGAAAGAGGGAAAGCCUGCUGCACUCGACCUGGUGAAGACGAUUGACCGCCCAGAGCUACCUGGAGAUGAUGCGGGAGGCAGUUUCCGUGCCGUGAGGUACCACCCUCAGGACGAGAAGGUCUUGUAUACGAUCGUGAACACAGUUCCACCUCGUACCCGCACGAAGUCAUCUCCUCGACGCGCUUUCCUUUGCAAGUGGGACACUGAGACGUGGAAAGUGACUUUUAAGCGCAAGAUUAGCGAUCGACAAGUGACGUGCUUUGACAUCAGCCCUGACGGGAAGCUCAUCGCGUUCGGCUCGUCAGACCUCACUGUGGGCGUAGUGGAUGCCCACACGUUCGCUCCAUUGUUGACAAUCCUAAAGUCGCACGACUUCCCACCGACUACUUUGAGGUUCAACCCAACAUCCGACAUGCUGAUAUCUGGUAGUGCGGAUAACACCGUCCGCAUUGUUGCAAUACCGUCGAACCUUGGAGCGACCUCGUGGAGUACUUGGAUUUUGGUUGUGGUCGCGCUACUUAUCGCGCUCUUCGCUGUUCUGGCGCAACAGAUGCAAUAGCUCGCGUUGCAUUGUUGUACGGUACUCUUGUUAUGUCACGGAGGUCCGGAUAUGUCUCCUUCACGCUUAUACUUCUGGACGGGAUUCUAUGUUUCUAUGUACCUAGAUUCACCAGCAUUACUUAUAAUGUUACAACAUGACAAAUUAUACAGCGUCCAUCCUGCGCGAGAGCCAAACGUCGAGCUCGACCAAAGCCAGCACGGGUACAGUCUAGUCGUAGUCCUCUUCCUCCACCAACUUCCGCUUCACGCCGUUAGUGGUCGCCGCUUCCGUCCCGGGGCCAGAUGCAGUAACAUCCUCCAUAGCCUCGUCCCCGCUCUCCUCCUCUUCCUCGUCUCCGCCCGCAAACAACCCAUCGUCUUCCUCCCCUUCGCUCCCUUCCUCCGCAUGCACAGCUCCGGGUGUGAGCAUGUCCACGUCCGACGGGGUAUGUAGCGCUGCAAUAGGAGCCGCGACGGGCCCCAGGUGUGCGUUGUGGCGGGCGGCGGCGGAGGUAGUCUGUGGCAGCGGAGCGGGCUCCAUGUCCUCUUCGUCUUCCUCGUCGGACUCCUCUACCUCCUCAAUUUCCUCAUCAUACUGCUUCACGCCCGGGGGCGCGCGGUUCGGCACGAGGUCGAAGUCGACCGCGGUCAGACACUCCGUCGCGGGCGGGAGCCGCACCCCGAACACCUCAGGCACUGCGGGCAGCGGGACCGCGUUCGUCUGCGUCGCCAGUGACAUCACGUAUUCUUUCGGGACGCGCCCGCCGAACUCCCAUCCGACGCGGGCCUGUACUGCGAGUACAACAUCCUCCAUUUCAACCUUGCCUGUCCGUCCGCCAUGCUCCGCGUAUACGAUUGCAUCUGAGAGGACCUGCGCGGUGUAUCUAUUCGAGAACUCGAGUAUUUGGUGCAGCACGCCGGGCUGCGCGUCCUGUACGGUCGGGGUGGACGCGAUGAGGAGCGCGAUGCCGCGCGCGGAGGCGGGGAUCGUGUCGGCGACGUUGCUUCUUGACAUUGACUUCCCGAGUACGUGUGCCAGGUAGUGUGGUGGCAGGUGCGAAGUGCUACAACGGCGUCGCGGGUGCCUGCAAGUGGUCUGAGUUGAGGCGAAGUGGUGACCACGGUGCACACGGUUCAGUUAUGGUCGGCGC